AUGAGACCCCUUCCCUUGAUGGAGCGCCUUGACAAGGCAACUACAAUCAUUGCCCAGAUCUGCAAUAUCUCUGGUAGCCCAUCGGCAUCUGUUGGAAUUCUCCACCACGACGAGAUGAUAUGGGACCAUGGUUUCGGCUACAGAGAUGUUGCUGCACAGAAGCGACCAACCCCAGACACGAUGUACGGGAUCGGUUCGCUAACAAAGGGAUUGGUGGCUGCAGGUCUAGGACAGCUAUUUGACCGAGAAGCUGCCCUGAGUUGGUUAUCCCCAGUCCAGGAUAUUAUCCCUAGCUUCAAACCGAAGAGUCAGCAGCUUGACGGCUUGCUUGCGGAUAUGUCCGUGGCAUCCCAAGGCGAUAUGGAAUUUCUUCUGGCCCCAAAAGACAUGAUCCCUACUAUCGCUAACCUUGAUUCUGUUGCUCCGUUUCGACGGCAGUGGAUGUAUAAUAAUUGGGGGUACAGCAUGGCCGGUGCGGUUAUUGAGGAACUUUCCAAGCGGCCGUUUUACGACCAUGUCAAGGAUGUGGUUCUCGACCCUCUGAAUCUGUCUAGUACUACCACCAGACCGGUCGUGGGAGAGGACUCGGACUUUGCAGAAGCAUACACGGCUCUCCAUGAUGCAAGUUUCCAUCCGCUCCCGAGGGUGUUCCCGUUCAAAGGGAGCGUUUUUGAAGCCGCUGGAGCCGUGCUCAAAGCCGAGCGCGAUCCACACAACCAAAUUCCCCUCGACAAUCCGUCUCGGGAUUGCCGCUUCUAUGGCAUGGGAUGGAUCGGGACACAACUUCCUGGUGUGGUUGGGCUUCAGGGAGACAAUGCGGACCUUUUCGACUGGGACGAGCUGCCAAUUUUAGGUCAAGACUCGCAGCCCAUGAUGACUUACUAUCAUCAAGGCGCCGGUCUUGGGUACUACUCGGCCAUAUUUACGUUCCCCGAGACGCGGUCCGCUAUUGCCGUGUUGACCAACUCCAUUCCACUCAAUGAUGCUGCUGAUUGGAUCGUCCAAGUCUUGGUAUCGGCGCUCUUCGGGUUCCCUGAAAGGGCUGAUUAUGUUCAUCUUGCUCAAGAAAGUCGCCGCCGCAAAUUGGCCAACGUGGCUGCGAUGAAAGACGAGUUUGACAGAAUCAGAGAGGAUCAUCCGGGUUCUUCAAUGCCGUACAAAGUUUUUUUUAUCAAAGUCCGAGAACAGGGACAAUGCUCCAACUGUUUGGAAAUUUCCUUCCAAGGAAUGGACACCCAGGUCUACAAGCUGCGUCAUCUCACAACGGACGUCUUUGAGUGGGCAAUGGAAUACGACGAGUCCGCUCGGAGAGCAAGGUUUACGAUCUGGGACCCCAAGUACUUCGAAAUUGACUUCCAAUUUGAGGGUGGUGACAAAGCUGUCUCGUUGAGAUGGGCCAAAUGGACAGACCUUAGCCCGGAAGGAAUACCGAUGAAUAGGCAGGUCGAGGAUGUCACUAAGUUCACGUCAGACACUGGGACGAAUAACGACUUAGAGCUAUAG